AAGUGCUGAAAAUUUUUCCUCAUUUGCUUUCUCAUAACAAAUACGUCCUUUACUCAACGCGGCGACAUAUUCCGUUUUGUGAUUAUGACACGUGACAUUUUAAACACUUUUUUAAAAAUCUGUAUUUCGUGGUGUGUGGGUUUUAUGCACGACAUUCGCAACGCUUGAGAAACUUGGACGAUAGAGAUAGAUAGGUUGAAGAUGAGUGCAUAUCUUCGCCAAGGUGCAGUUGCAACAUGAUUUUAGAGUAGAGAAAAGCAAUUUAACGUCGCGGCCAGAAGCCCAGAAUUCUUGACUAUUGGUUAUUAUUUGUAAAAACGAAAAUAAUAGAUUUCGCUGUCAGAAUAUAUAGUUUUUUUUUGGCCAGCGGUAACAUGGAAGGCUGCAGAAUGACAUGGGAAUGGAUUCAUCGAAUUUGAGGGUAAAGUUGUCAAUGGUACUAAUGGAUUUGCUCUCAACUUGGGAUUUUUUCGUCGUCGUGAUACAGUAUUUGGAUUGAUUAAUUGAGACGGAGGUUUGAGGGUUAUAUACCUGCCUCUGGGAAGACAGAAGGAAAAACAUCAGUCCUAAACCCAGGCAAGAAUUGUGUCUCGGGCGAAGGACGGAGAGGCAAUCGCACCCUAAGAAGUCUUUGGCAAAGGUAGGUAAUCUAGUGACGGACUUCAUGGAACUGUGCUUGGGAGCAGUUCUGUUGUGGGUCCUGGUGUUGGACUGCUGUGGUUGGGUUGAGGCUGGUAUCCUCUACCGGGUCCAGGAGGAGCAGCCCCCCAGCACGCUGAUAGGCAGCCUGGCAUCAGACCAGGGCCUGCCAGACUCUGGUCACCUGUACAAGCUGGAGGUGGGCGCUCCGUACCUGCGUGUGGAUGGGAAGACAGGGGACAUCUUCACCACAGAGAUCCCCAUGGACAGGGAGACACUGAGGGACUGCCGCAGUAUGGUCAGGGGCAAGCCCUGCUUCCUGGAGUUUGAAGUGUCUGUCACAGACCUAAUCCACAACCAGAGCCCCAGGCUCAUCGAGGGCCGAAUCGAGGUCCAGGACAUCAAUGACAACACGCCGCAGUUCCCCUCCCCCGUGCUCACCAUCUCUGUCCCAGAAAACACCCACUUGGGAGCGCUGUUCUCCAUCCCCCUGGCCACAGACAGGGACUCGGAGAGGAACAGGGUGGCGGACUACGCCCUCAUCGCUGGGCCAGAUGCAGCGACGCUCUUCGGCCUGCAGGUGGCGGAAGACAGGGGGGAGAAGCUGCCCCAGCUCAUCGUCCUGGGCAGUCUGGACCGGGAGCUCAAGGACUCGUACGACCUGACAAUCAAAGCUGUGGAUGGAGGUAACCCCCAGCGCUAUAGCAGUGCCUUGCUGAGAGUGGUGGUUGCUGAUGCUAACGACAAUGCUCCGAAGUUUGAGAAGGCCACGUACGAGGCUGAGGUUUCAGAAAACAGCCCUGUGGGACACUCUGUUUUGCAGGUAAAAGCCAAUGACUCUGACAUGGGCCCCAAUGGAGAGAUAGAAUAUACACUACACCAGGCAUUAGACCCAGUGCCAAAACUCCUGCGAAUUGAUCGCUCCACUGGCAUCAUCUAUGUCAAAGGGCCCUUGGAUCGGGAGGAAAUCAGCGAUUUGACAUUCUACGUAGUGGCCAGGGACAAGGGUCCCCAACCCAAAAGCUCCAAGACCUUUGUUACAAUCCAGGUGACUGACCAGAACGACAAUUCCCCUGCUGUAGAGAUCCGUGGGAUCGGCCUGGUGACCCACAGUGACGGGGUGGCGAACAUAUCAGAGGACAUGCCCGUGGGCACAGCGGUGGCCCUCGUCCAGGUGUCUGACAGGGACGAGGGGGAGAAUGCAGUGGUCACCUGUGUGGUGGCGGGGGACGUACCCUUCCAGCUGCGCCCGGCUAGUGACUCGUCCACUAACAAGAGGAAGUACUUUCUGCAGACUACAACCCCCUUGGACUAUGAGAGGGUCAGGGAAUACCGUGUGGAGAUUGUGGCUGUUGACUCUGGCAACCCAGCUCUCUCCAGUACUAACUCAUUGAAGGUGCAGGUGACUGAUGUUAACGACAACUCCCCAGUGUUUUCCCCGGCCCUGUUUGAGGUUGCCUUUGCAGAGGAGAACCAGCCAGGGGACAAGGUUGUGGAUGUGGUUGCCACGGACGCUGAUAGCGGCACUAACGCAGAGCUGGUCUACAGCAUCGUAGCAGACACAUCUACCAGGGGCCUGUUUGAGAUUGACCCCGUUUCAGGGGAGGUAAGGGCACGGAGCCCACUGGACAGAGAGCAUAAAGAACGCUAUGAGUUCCGGGUCACCGCGUCCGAUAAAGGCUCCCCCAGUCACAGAGGAACAGCCACGGUUGUGGUCAAAGUGCUGGACCGUAAUGACAACGACCCCAAGUUCAUGCUGAGUGGCUACAGCUUCUCUGUUCUGGAGAACAUGCCCCCACUCAGCGCCGUUGGCAUGGUGACUGUGCUGGACAUGGAUCAGGGAGAGAACGCCAGAGUGCAGCUCUCUGUGGAUCCGGACGGAGGGAAGUUUGUGAUUCAGAAUGGAACAGGAACCAUCCUGUCCAGCAUCUCCUUUGACCGGGAGAAGGAGAGCAGCUACACCUUCCGUCUGAAGGCCGUGGACGGGGGAGAGCCUCCCAGGUCCUCCUAUGUAGGCGUUACCAUCAAUGUCCUGGAUGAAAACGACAAUGAUCCUGUGGUCACCAAGCCCUCCAACUCCUCCUUCAGACUCCUGUCCCCUCUAGCUGCCCCAGACAGCCGUGUGGAGCUAGUGGAGGCUGAAGACCUGGACACUGGGCCCAAUGCAGAGCUGGUCUUCAGCAUCACUGGAGGAAACCCUUAUGAACUCUUCAGCAUCUCCUCCACUACUGGGGAGAUCACCCUGGCCAAGGAGCUGACGCAGAAACAUGGUGGGCUCCAUCGCCUGGUGGUGAGGGUGAGUGACGAGGGCAAGCCCGCACGCCACGCCACUGCCAUGGUGCACAUCUAUGUCAACGAGACCAUCGCUAAUGUCAGCCUGGUGGAAGCGCUGGUGGGACACAGUCUCUACACCCCUCUGGAGACAGACAUCGCUGGUGACCCAGACCACAGCCUGGCGGCCCAGCGCAGUAACAUUGUGUACGGAAGCCUGGCAGGAGUGGCGGGCGUUGUCAUGGUGAUCAUAGUGGUGGUGUUUAUCCGCCACCGCAUUCAGAGGGAAACGAAGAGCGGCUAUCAGGCUGGCAAGAAGGAGACCAAGGACCUUUACGCCCCCAAGCAGGGACCAAAGAACGGCAAAGGCAAGAGGGGCAGGAAAGGAAAGCCCUCCAAGGCCCCCAAGCCCUUGGGAGAAGAGGAGGAGGUCAGCCUCCAGAAGAGUCUCAAGUUCAACCUGGAUGGGGUCAAUGACAGCCCCAGGAUCCACCUGCCCCUGACAUACCCCCCAGGCAGCCCUGACCUUGGCAGACACUACCGCUCCAACUCUCCCCUGCCAUCCAUCCAGCUGCAGGCCCAGUCCCCCUCGGCCUCCCAGAAGCAUCAGGCGGUCCAGGACCUCCCUGCCACCAACACCUUCGUAGGGACUGGAGGAGACGACAACUCAACAGGCUCAGACCAGUACUCGGAUUAUAGCUACAAGGCCAGCCAGCCAAAGUACAACAGCAAGCAGCUCCCCCAUCGCAGAGUGACAUUCUCCACAGCCAAUCCUGUACAGGAUCUUCAGGAUGCAUCUCAGCACAGUUACUAUGACAGUGGCCUGGAGGAAUCAGAGACGCCCAGCAGUAAGUCAUCGUCAGGCCCCCGCAUCGGGCCACUGACCCUGCCUGAGGACCACUACGAGAGGACCACCCCGGACGGCAGCAUCGGGGAAAUGGAGCACCCUGAAAACGAUAUGCGAUCCAUUCCUGAUGUGGCCAUGACGGGGAACUGUACUCAGGAGUGCAGCGAGCUGGGCCACUCAGACGCCUGCUGGAUGCCUGGGCAGCCCUCCCCAGUGCGCAAGACCAGGAACCCCCCCAAACUCUCCACCUUCGUGCCUUACCAGGAGAGAGGGAGCCUGGGCCGCUUGGCCAACGGGAGCGCCAGGCUGGGUGGAGAGGAGCACCGAGCCCACCUUCCGCCCUCCCGCAGUGCCUAUUCCAACAGCGGCCACGCCCCAAGUCAGGACUUCCCCCUGGAGGAGGUGCCCCUGAGCGUGGCCACCGAGUUCCCGUCCACCUCCCCUCCUAGCCACACCCCCAAACGAGAGAUCUACCUGUGAGGAAGCCACACCUCCCACGUCUGAUUGGUGCACAGAUAGAGGAGAAGCCACAGAGACACACCCACGUUAUAAAAAAGAAACAUGCUCUAAUGCUGCAUUCAUAACCAAGUGGGAAGGUGGUAAUUACCACAUACGACUGGGAAGAAUCCGCUUGAACGCCCCACCAACUGGUAAUUACUAGAGGGAAACACGUCUAUCAUCCCUAAACUCCGACUUCUCCCACAUGCUCACCUCUGUCACUUACUAAGGAAAUUACCUUGAUAACAGCAUUUUCGGCAAUUAAAUGCAACAACAAAACAUUAUUUAUAAAAAGCAAUCUAUUCAUAU